UUCAUCUCUUAACUUGAAUCAGAAACUUUUGCAGCAACAAUGGCGACCGACGGUAAGAACUUCCCACGACAGAAACAGGAUACGCAACCAGGGAAAGAACAUGUCAUGGAUCCUAUCCCACAGUUCAUUAACCCUAAUUACAGACCUGCUGAUAAGCUCAAAGGUAAGGUGGCGCUGGUUACUGGUGGAGAUUCCGGCAUUGGAAGGGCUGUUUGUUAUUGUUUUGCGAGAGAAGGAGCAACUAUUGCCUUCACUUACGUGAAAGGUCAAGAAGACAAAGAUGCAGCAGACACCUUAAAGAUCAUUAACGAUUCCAAAACCAAAGAUUCACAGGAACCGAUUGCCAUACCUACCGAUUUAGGGUACGACGCCCACUGCAAAGCGGUGGUGGAUGAAGUCGUCGGAAAAUAUGGUCGUAUUGACAUCUUGGUGAACAACGCCGCCGAGCAGUACAUGUGUAAAUCCGUUGAAGAAAUCGACGAGAAUUGGCUUGAUAGAGUCUUUAGAACCAAUAUCUACUCCUACUUCUUCGUAACAAGGCAUGCAUUGAAGCACAUGAAUGAAGGAAGCAGCAUCAUCAACACAACAUCAGUCAACGCCUACAAAGGCAAUGCUUCAUUGCUUGAUUACACAUCAACAAAGGGAGCGAUUGUGUCGUUUAUUAGAGGUCUAGCACUGCAACUAGCACCCAAAAAUAUUCGAGUCAACGGAGUGGCACCAGGACCUGUGUGGACCCCACUAAUCCCUGCAUCGUUUCACGAAGAGAAGACCUCCAAGUUCGGGUCGGAGUGUCCGAUGGGUAGAGCCGGUCAGCCUUACGAGAUUGCACCCUCGUUUGUGUUUCUGGCGUCGGAGGACUCUUCCUACUUUACCGGCCAAGUCCUCCACCCUAACGGUGGGAUGAUUGUGAAUGCUUAAAGGCUAUAUAGCGGCUAUCUACAAGGGGGGAAGCAACUUUUGUGAAGC